GUUCUGGUCCAUGUGCAUUUGAGCCGGGCGGCCGUUAGUUCGGGUUUUAGUGGGUCGUCCUCGUAGUCCGCUAGGAAAACGCGACGCCGUCAUUUAAAAUGGCGCCAAAGAUUAACCUGAGCCAGUGGGUCGCUGGUAAACUUGCCACUGUGCUGCCCGCCUGCUAGCGGCGUAGCUGGCAACAACGUUAUCGCUUUAAUUAACACGUUAACACGGGAGUUUAACAUGAUUUCAGUGUUCCUAUGUCAGAGCUUCACAAACAGAUGGCGAUGAAGAGAAGCAGGCACCCGAGCAGCAGCGAGGACUCCGACAAUGGAAGUAAUUCUACCUGCUGGUCCCAGCAUUCAUCACAGCCCAGGAGGGGAACCGGGCAGAAACCCUCUGAGGUUUUCAGGACAGACCUGAUCACAGCCAUGAAAGUGCACGACUCGUAUCAGUUAAAUCCAGAGGACUACUAUGUCCUCGCUGACCCGUGGAGGCAGGAAUGGGAGAAAGGUGUCCAGGUCCCUGUCAGCCCCCAGUCCAUCCCACAGCCUGUUGCCAGGGUGUUGGCAGAGAAGGGAAAGGAGGUCAUGUUUGUCAGGCCAAAGAAGCUGAUUCGAACGUCGGGCACUGAGGCGCUAGGCUACGUGGACAUCCGGACGCUGGCUGAGGGAAUGUGUCGCUACGACCUAAACCAAGAGGAUGUGUCCUGGCUGCAGAUCAUCAACGAGGAGUUUGCCGAGAUGGCCAUGCCACCCCUGGAUGAGAUCACCAUGGAGCGGGUGAUGGAGGAGUUUGAGCACCGCUGUUACGAAAACAUGACACACGCCAUGGAGACGGAGGAGGGUUUGGGUAUCGAGUACGAUGAGGACGUGGUGUGUGACGUGUGCCAAUCGCCUGACGGGGAGGACAACAACGAGAUGGUGUUCUGCGACAAGUGUAACAUCUGUGUUCACCAGGCAUGUUACGGCAUCCAAAAAGUCCCAAAGGGCAGCUGGUUGUGCCGGAUCUGCGCCCUGGGCAUUCUGCCAAAGUGCCAGUUGUGUCCUAAGAAGGGGGGAGCCAUGAAGCCGACCCGAAGUGGAACCAAGUGGGUUCACGUCAGCUGUGCCUUGUGGAUUCCAGAGGUGAGCAUCGGGAAUCCAGAGAAGAUGGAGCCAAUCACCAAUGUGUCCCACAUUCCCAGCAACAGAUGGGCUCUCAUCUGCUGCCUGUGCAAGGAGAAGACUGGAGCGUGCAUCCAGUGCUCAGCGAAAAAUUGCCGGACUGCCUUCCAUGUGACAUGUGGCCUCACCGCCAGCCUUGAAAUGAACACAAUCCUCACUGAGGACGACGAGGUAAAGUUCAAGUCCUACUGUCCCAAACACUCUGGGCUCGAGGGUGCCGAGUACAGAGACUCGGGAAGCGAGGAGGAAAAGGAGGUCCCGAGAGACAAGAAGGGCAGGAGGAGAGGCAGGGUGAUAUGGGAGGAAGACCCUGCUGCCUCCUCUUCAUCUCUUCAGCUCAUCAAGGAUGGAAGCUGCGAUCCUGAGGGGCUCAUCAGCCGCCAGCAGGAGAAGAGAGUCAACCUCCGCAAGCUCAAGCUCCAGGAGAUGGAGGAGGAAUUCUACCAGUUUGUGAGCGUGGAGGAGGUGGCCAGUCACCUGAAGUUGGUGCCAGAGGUGGUGGACUUCCUCUACCAGUACUGGAAACUGAAGCGCAAAGCCAACUUCAACCAGCCGCUGCUCACACCCAAGAAGGACGAGGAGGAGAGCCUGGCUCGCCACGAGCACGAGGUGCUGCUGCGACGCCUGCAACUCUUCACACACCUGCGCCAGGAUCUGGAGAGGGUUCGAAACCUGACCUACAUGGUGACUCGGAGGGAGAAGAUGAAGCGCUCGCUGUGGAGAGUACAGGAGCAGAUCUUUCAGCAUCAGGUCCGACUGCUUGAUCAUGAGCUGCUCACAGCUGAUCCUUCAAUCAAGGAUUUGGAGACGUUCCUCUCUCUCGGUCGCUUAUCCUCUCAGGGCUCACAGUCUCGCUCCUCCUGGAGUCAGUCUGGACUGAAAACUAAGGGGCUUUUAAGACAGGAUAAAAGGAAAAGCAAUGAUGGUAAAGGCCUGCCUGACUCAACGCACACACACAGGAAGGAUAAUCUGAGCAAAGCCCAGGAGAUAGACAGUAAAAGUAGUCAGAUCAAAGAGCCUGGGAUAGCAGAGACUGCAAGCGACACCAAAACCCAAAACUCUGAGAUCACCCAGGAGAUUCCGUUCCCAAAGAUAGAUCAAGAAAUGACCAGCAACAAGCUGCAUAAACCUGAGACCAGGAGAGGCCCCAAGAGAGAGGCCCCGGGGCCCGAACAGGAGUCACUGACCAGACACAAACGAGAGAACGACAGUGAGCAGGAAGAGAGGAGGAGGAAGAAGAGGAAUGAGGUGACUGACAGCUUCACCAACCAAGUAAAGAACAGGUUUGGGGCGAAACAUUUUGAGAAAACUGUGUCCAUCAGGCUGGUGGACAUCCGAAACUCUGACACGGACGACUACUUUAUAGACGAAGCAGUUACCAAAAGAAGCAGCAUCUCUUUGAAUGUGACGACAAACACUAAACUAAACAAAACCAGCGUGACUGACGCCGCCUCCACCAAAGCCAACGGCUGGCUGAGAAAAGCCCAAUCCAACAGCUCCCACGCGGCCAACGGACAAAUGGGUGGACACCUCAGAGGCUGGGGGAAGUUCAAGAUCCCGAAGAGGAGCGAGAAGGACGAGGAGAAGCCUCUGCUCCGACCGCUGACCAACACCACAGAGACGUCGUACCCCAGAACGCGGCUCCGCACAGGGACGGAGAACAACAGCUACGCCUCCGACUCCAAACCCCGCGACGGAGAUGUGGAGCCCUGCCUGAAACGGUGCCACUCCCACCAGCUGCGGGGCGACUCGUCCCUCAGCCGACGCUACGGGUCCGACAUAAUCCGCCGAGGUGUGCUGGCGUCCUGAUGGAGGAACUAUAAGCUGCGCUGUGCAAGUCUGAAAGAACGACGGUCGCUCUUAGUACCUUUAUUUUUCUCAAUAAAUCAUAAAAGGCCUAGAUUAAAACAGAGCUGAUAUUUAUUUUUAUUUGUAACAUAUGUACAACUGGGAAAUAUUUUACUUUAUUUUGAGCUAGUUUUUAUUUUUUUUCUCUUUAGUAGAAAGAUGUCAAGUUGCCACUUAAAUGCUUUCUCAGAUAUUUACAAGCAAAAGCAUCACUUAGGGAGACAUUGUGAUUGUUGCUUGGGACCAUAAGCUUGCAAUGUCAUUUGUUUUUGACCUAGUAUUAAACUUGGCCUUGAGCCCUUUGCACUUAGUUUAAAACAGGUAAUUGUCAUCCUCAUCAACUCAGGCUUCAACAGGAAGUGAAACUGCCCUACGAAAAGAAUUAAAUCCAUCACUCCUUUAGCCCAAGAUUUUCAGGCUGUGAUUGUUUCAUUAUAAACUGAAAAUUUUCAAAAGUGGAAUGAAAAGGCUGUGAGAAUGAUGCUCUUCUCAUAAUCAACACUUAAGUGUAACUGAGCUGGGAUCGAGUCCAUCAUGUGUCUUUUAUGUGAAGCGUUUGCACUACGAGAGGACGGCACAGGUGUGAGGAAUGAGAAGACUUAUUUUUACACUGAAAUAUGACUAAGUGUUUUGUACCCUCAGCCGCUGCUGUACUACUGUUAUGCAAAAUGAAUAUUGUUUUGUCUGUCUUAAUGAGGAAUAAAAUCUUUGGAGGAAGUAA